ACGGUCACACUAAUGCGAGAAACCAAAAUAAAUGAAUCGGCAAAAAUGAACGAAAAUGUGAUUGCUGCUCCACUUAGUCGCAUUCCGGGCACCAGUCAGCUGAAGGAACAGCACAGCAAGGACUUAAAGACCCUGUCCUACGUCCAGUUGCUCGAGAUCAAGGACAGACAGUCGAAUUUCCUUUCCUUUAAAAAGAGACUCCAGCGAUUGCCGGAUAAAGGUAAGCGUCUUCAGGAAUCCUACGACAAGCUGCUGGAAGAGAUCAAACGCCGCGAUGAAGUGGAGGAGGCGACUCGAAUGCUGAGUGGUCUCAACAUUGCGGCCAAGGGAAAGAUCGCUCUCAACAAUCUGGAGUGGAAUGGCAGAAACACGGACGAAGGCGCCCAUGUGGACGACAUUCUGGAUAGCGAUGACGAGGUGGAGAUGGAUCCCCUGAGGAUCAUAGCCCAGGGAACCAUGCACGAAAAGAAGGUCAAGGUGAUUCCACCUCCAGCGAGUCUCAUAACGGCCGAAGAUCUGGCCGAUAUUGAGGAGUUCAAAAAGCCAGCUGACUCACCGGAUUCCGCUUUGGCAGGACACAGUGACACCAGUUCCUUGCCCGCCGAGAUCAUAGCGAUAGACGCCAGUCAAGUGGCCGCCAAGUUGAGUAAAGAGCAAGCGCCCGAUCAGCAUUCCCUCUACCUCAUCGACAAGACGGAAACGAGCGUGAAUGCUCCUUCCAGGGAGAAGUUUAUGCCAUUCCGCACCACAAAGUCCAAUGUCCACGAUCCCGACAAGGAGCGAGUGCGCAAGAAGGGCAAGCACUGGGAAGUAACGGCGGCCACUCCGCCCCUCAUUCAGCACAAGGAGGUGCAGCUGGUGCCGCUGGCUGAGUCGGCCACUCUGCAAAUGGACUACAUGCAAAGGCUUAAGGAAGUGCGCAUUCAGCAGGCUGAACAGCGGCUGGCCAGACACAAAGAGUCCAGAUUGGCAGCAGGUCUGAGCCUGCCCGAGGAAUCCAUCCUGAAAACCAAGGAAUCCUUCCGCAACUAUCGAGAUCCCCAGGCUAAUGUUCUCAUCGAGGGCAGACAAAAAGCCUGCGAGGCGAAUGAAGUGCUCGAUCCCUCAAUUCAAGACAGAGGAGUAGCCAACAGUGGCAUUCACUACACAGUUUUCGAGUAACCUGCGGGCAGAGUAUGUGAUCGAAUCCCAUUCCUGCCCAUUCCUUUUGCAACAAACAAACAUUGUGAACUAUUUAUUCGCGUAGGCAACAAGUACUAAAUAAGACUGCAUAUAUAA